CUGCUGGCAUGCUAGGGAUGUGAGCCUGUGUUUCCUUAGGGAGCGGGGACAUCCGGAUACUACUUCUAGUGGAUUGUUGCAAAGAGUACGGGGAUGGAGCGCCACUACCUGUGAGGUCCCCGCUGUGUGGGUUGUAGCUGCCAAAGGGACUCCAAGAUGAAGCCGUCCAUCUUCGUGUUCCUUGUGAGUUGCACUGUAUUCAGCGCUGAUGUGAAGCUGGUGUCGAAGAGAAAUUCGGUGGAUGGUUGCAUCGACUGGUUAGUGGAUCUCAAGAAAUACAUGGCUUUGGCAGGUGAGCCCGUUCGAGUGAAAUGCGCCCUUUUCUACAGCUACAUCAGGACCAACUACAGCAUGGCUCAAAGCACAGGCCUUCGUCUUAUGUGGUACAAAAACAAAGGAGACUUGGAAGAACCCAUUAUCUUCUCUGAAGUCAGGAUGAGCAAAGACGAAGACUCCAUAUGGUUUCAUGCAGCAGAGGUUCAAGACAGUGGUUUCUACACCUGCGUGCUAAGAAAUUCAACAUAUUGCAUGAAGGUGUCGAUGUCCUUGACAGUUGCAGAAAAUGAAUCUGGGCUUUGCUACAACAGCACAAUUCGCUACUUAGAAAAAUCAGAAAUCACUAGAACAAAGAUAAUUUCCUGCCCAGAUAUUGAGGAUUAUAAAACAGGAAACCAAGAACCAGAUGUAAUAUGGUACAAGGAGUGUAAGCCAAAAAUGUGGAGAAAUCUAGUAGUUCAGAAAGAGAACACUCUACUAAUACAAGAUGUUCAGGAAGAAGAUGGUGGGAAUUAUACUUGCGAGCUAAAAUUUGAAGGAAAGCUGAUACGACGAACAACUGAGUUCAAAGUUACAGCCUUAGUCACUAAGAGACCUCCUCAGCCUAUGUACCCUAUGGAGAACCAGACCAGCAUGAUAGAUGUCCAACUGGGUCAACCACUAACAGUUGCCUGCAAAGCAUUUUUUGGGUUCAGCGGAGAGUCUGGUCCAAUGAUCUACUGGACACGAGGAGAGAGAUUUAUCGAAGAACUCGAAAAUCACAUUAAAGAAGGGGAAAUCAGGCUUCUCAAAGAGCAUCUUGGAGAAAAAAUAGUGGAGUUGGCGUUAAUCUUUGACGUUGUGAAGGAGCCAGAUCUGGCCAAUUAUACAUGCCAUGUAGAAAACAGAAAUGGGCGGAAACGUGCAAGCAUCAUUCUGCGUAAAAGAGAUCUGAUAUCAAAAAUCGAACUUGCCGGAGGUUUGGGAGCCAUCCUUCUCGUGCUGGUGUUACUUAUAACGAUCUACAAAUGCUACAACAUAGAGCUGAUGCUGUGUUACAGACAGAUGUUUGGAGGUGACGAAGCAAUGGAUGACAACAAGGAAUACGAUGCCUAUCUCUCUUACACAAAAGUGGAUCCAGACACACUAGACUGCGACAACAGUGAAGAGGAACAAUUUGCCCUUGAAAUCUUGCCAGAUGUCCUAGAGAAGCAUUACGGUUACAAACUCUUCAUUCCGGAUAGGGACCUGAUCCCUACUGGGACAUACCUUGACGAUCUCUCCAGAUGCAUAGAACAAAGCCGAAGACUCAUUAUCAUCCUAACUCCAGAUUACGUUCUCAGGAGAGGGUGGAGUAUUUUUGAGAUGGAAAACAGACUGCAUAACAUGCUUGUCAGUGGAGAUAUCAAAGUGAUUUUCAUUGAGUGCCCAGAGUUAAAAAGCAAAGUGAAUUACCAGGAAGUGGAAUCUUUAAAGCACACUAUUAAACUCUCCUCAGUCAUCAAAUGGAAUGGUCCAAAAAGCAACAAACUGAAUUCAAAGUUUUGGAAGACCUUGCUCUAUGAAAUGCCUGCAAAGAAAAAAGAGGUUUUAUCUCGGCGCCAGGUCCUAGAUUCUGCUGAACAGGGACUCUUUGGGGAUCUUCAGGCAGUGCCUUCCAUUGCUGUGACGGACACCUCUGCUUCCUUGGUCGCAUCUCAGGCCGACUUGACCGAUUACCAACAACCGGAUCCAGUGCAAACCAGACAUUACUGCAGAGGAUACGAGUAUGACAUGCAGUCUGCAACCUUGCCGUUAGCCGCCAUAAGCAGUAAUCACCACACUUACUGUAACAUACCCCUGACGCUAUUCAAUGGACAGCUGCCUCUUAAUAGCAACAUAAAAGAAACACAGGAAUUCCAUAGGAACAACCCCUUGCUCCCAUUGUCAACAAGGGAGCUUAGCUUCACCAGCGAUAUAUGGUAGCAAAGAUCUAAGCAUUUUGAAACUGAUUCAUUGAGCAUCAGUGAGACAAAUUAUUAAAAGGACCUUGAACCCAUAUAACAUCAGGUGCCAAAAUAUUUUGCCAAGUCACAAGUAACACACCUUUUCUACUUGAACUUCUUUGUUUACAUUUCAAAAAUUAUUAGCAAGUAGUGGAGGAACCUACUUUUGUAGU